CAGAUACUAAUAAAGCGCAAGCGAUUAAAUUUCUUAUUCUGCACAAGAACCUCAAGCGGUGAGAACGCAGCUAUGAGUGCAACGAUGUUGUUCCUCAUCGGAGGAAGCCUCCUAUCUUCCCUUGUGCUACAAGUUGCGGUUGCGUCAAAUCCUUUGGUUUUCGACCUGGAGACCAAGAUUCAAGAGUACGUCGAGAAGCUUGAAGAGAAGCACAACGUCGGGGUAGCCUGGUGGGACAUGUACGGGACCAACCCGGAGUUUCGCCGGUAUAAGCUCCCGAAAAGACCGCACAAGGUGCUCGUAAAUGCCGGCCCCAUCAAAUACGGGGAAGUGCAGAAGAGGGAAACCAAGCCCCGUGUGGUCCACACCGAGUGGAUCCACAACGAGCAGCCUUCGGAGGCCAGCCGCGUCACCGUCCAGAGGUACAUGCAGCACGAGACCAAGUACACCUGGACCACGCAGAAAGGCUUCGGCUUCAAGACGGAGCUCUCGGUCACCGUUCCGCUGCCGGGAUCCGUCAGCAUCACUGGCACGAUUUCGGUCGCAGUCUCGUUCACGAAAACCGACAGCAAGGUCAAAACGGAAACCGAGGAGCAGUUCGUCAAGCACGUCAUCACCGUGCCACCACGCAAGUCCGUCAAGGUCGAGUGGGUCGUCAACGAUAUUGUUCAGGAAAUACCAUGGACUGCCGAAAUCAGAGCAAGGGGCAACUUCGCCGUAGCCUACACAAGACCCGUAAAUGGUUCCAAUAUGUGGUUUUAUCACAUCUCAAAGAUUCAAGAUCCGCUGCUGAAACGCAUCGGAGGUGGGCAAGUUCAGUUCAUGUCCAGUGGAACCUUCACAAGCGUGGGCGGAAGUGACACGCGGCUUCAACUGACACAGUUCGAUCUCAUCGAGGAAGACAAACCACGAUCGAAUUCGACAACUUACAGUAUUCAUCGUGAUAGUUCAGCAACAGAAGCUGGUUUCCCCCAUAAUUCAUAAGUUGGCAUCUUAAAUCUAUCCGCCUUUUAGCAGCCAACAGUACCUAUACACAGGCUUUUGAAAACAAGUCUCCUGGAAGCAUCCUAAUGUCAGCUGACGUCUUUGCCAUGUAAAAUCUUUUAGCGAAACGCCGUUCAUCGCCCAGAGACAUCUAGAUGGCUUAUACGCAAGGUCCUCUCCACUGUUUAGACAGCUUUUAACCUUUAAAAUAUUAUCUGAAUGCAUCCCAAACGCUUGAGCGGGAUCGAGCCACUGUAUUAUUCCGGUGGAAUAGCUGUCGGAUAUUAGUACCAAAUGUCGCUAAACAGAGCAUCUCAAAGGUAAUGUUUUUUGUUUUUGUUUUUUAGACCCACAUAUACGGAGAACGUAAAUUAAUUAAAACAAAACAAGUCGAUUGACGUUUUAGCAAUUCGUGAUCUUUAAGCAUUCUUGUCCCAUUAAUAUAAGCGUCAUUGGUGGCGGCGAUGGGCAUUGAAAAAUAUGCAAAGAGAAACGGAGAGUUUUUGACUACGUUCAUGCAUGAAGGGGGCCGCAGCUUCGUUGCCAAAAUGAAACAUAAAGGUGAUAAGUAAAAAAAUGCCUAUGUUUGAACAUCCUAACAGCGCGAGGUUCUUCAACUGGCGACUUUCUAUAUUCAUAACAGUCUCGUAGGGAAAGGUACUGAGUGCAGUUGAAAGAAUCAAAUAAAGGCAAAAUGAACAGAA